UGACAUGGAUACUUCAUCUCCAUGAAAGAAAGAAGAUAAUGGUAACCAAGAGGCCCCAGCUCCCCCCGAAGCCAUGGCCCAACCCUUCCCACCGGCUCAGUACCCCCCUCCACCACAGAAUGGGAUCCCCGCUGAGUAUGCCACAACCCAUACCCACCCACCGACUGACUACACAGGACCAAACACAGUGACCGAGCAUGCCCUGACACUGUACACGCAGACACACACACAGAGUGAACAGUCGGGAAAUGACAGCAACACCUCUGCCCUCACAGCCAGCACAGUAACGCAGGCAGAGGAGGUCGCACAAACGGAGGGCUCCCAGCAGCUCCACCUGCAACCCAGUGAUUCGUCAGAGAAGCAGCAGCCCAAAAGGUUACACGUCUCCAACAUACCUUUCCGUUUCCGAGACCCUGACCUUCGGCAAAUGUUUGGGCAAUUUGGCAAGAUUUUAGAUGUGGAGAUUAUUUUUAACGAGCGAGGCUCCAAGGGCUUUGGGUUUGUAACAUUUGAAACAAGUACAGAUGCUGACCGUGCACGGGAGAAACUAAAUGGUACAAUCGUAGAAGGACGAAAAAUAGAGGUCAACAAUGCCACAGCCAGAGUAAUGACCAACAAAAAGGUGGCGAACCCUUACACAAAUGGUAAUACUUCAGCUUUAUAUCCCUGUGCAGGCUGGAAGCUGAAUCCAGUGGUUGGAGCAGUAUAUGGUCCUGAGUUUUAUGCAGUGACAGGGUUUCCAUACCCCAGUACAGGAGCAGCGGUGGCCUAUAGAGGGGCCCAUUUGAGAGGGAGGGGUCGCGCCGUCUAUAACACGUUCCGCGCUGCACCUCCUCCACCACCCAUUCCUGCCUAUGGAGCUGUGGUCUACCAGGAUGGCUUUUAUGGGGCAGAAAUAUAUGGAGGAUAUGCAGCAUAUAGAUAUGCCCAGCCAGCUGCUACUGCUGCAGCUGCGUACAGUGACAGUUAUGGCAGAGUCUAUGCAACAGCAGACCCAUAUCACCAUACAAUUGGUCCUGCAGCCACAUACAGUGUGGGCACUAUGGCUAGCCUUUACAGAGGAGGGUGCAGUCGCUUCACUCCCUACUAGAAAAGAGGGAGACACGCCCCCUUUCCUUCCCCAGCAAAACAAACAAACAAAAAAACAACAACAACAAAUGAAAUCACUAAAUAACCAUCUCCACCCUCUUCAUGGAAAACUAAAAACAAAAUGCUUCCAGGUGACAAAUGCGACUCUGAAAUGCAAGAAUCAUUCCCAAGUUGCUUCCCCAUUUACAGAGUGUAUACAUGGUCAUUUAUUGAUGUAAUGUAUUAUUUUGAAAAAGAACAUUUUGUUACUCUGUAUUGACUUGAAUGUAUUUGCAUUGAAAUGUCUGUAGUGGAAAAAGUCGUCAAUGUGGGGAAACACUUCGAACAUGAAA